ACUACAGGUGUUCUGUGAUAUUGUUGCCUAUGCCUAUGCUGUGAUACGAUGCAGAUGAAUGAAAUUUCCUCUGUACCCUGAAUAUAACCACAAAAGUGUAACGUAAAACGUAAACAUUAAACAUAGGAUACGACGAAAGAGAAUAUUAUUUGAUUAUUGUUCAACUUUAAAUGAGUAUUGUCUAAAAACUGUGUUCAGAGUAAAAAUCGAGAAGUUCUCGAAAUUGUCGAAUAUCUCCAUCUUGGGCUUGAUUAUACCGACUCAAUAAACCACUGGUAGGUGUGUUCAGCUUUUUAUCACAGUAACUUUUUUUGAAUCAUUAAAACAAUGAGUGAAUCAUGGGAACCAAAUGAGGAUUUUCUACAUGAGUUGGUUUCAAUGGGAAUAAGUCUUGAAAAGGCAAAUGAGGCUCUUUUUGUUACAGAAAAUGUGUCACUUGACAGAGCAGUUCAAUAUAUAUUUAGGGAUCAUGGUGAACCUGAAAAUUUUUCAUCAACUCCGCAAACAUCAGAAGAGGAACAUGAACACAGAGAAUCCCAUGAAACAAUUCCUCAAAGUGUUUCAAAUGAGACAGGUCCUCAAAGUGAUGAAGAUGAAAGCUCAGAUGAAGAAGAGGAACAGUACUAUAAAAUGAGUUUUGUUGUCAACAUGUCUUUGAGAAUGGGAGUAGGGAAAAUUGCAGCACAAGUUGGACAUGCCUGUUUAGGUUUAUAUCAGGAUUUGAUAAGACAUAAUGAACAAAAGUCAUUAGAAAGAUGGGAGAAUAUGGGCGAGAAAAAAAUUGUAUUGAAAGGCAAUGAUGAUGUUCAUUUGAAAGAGCUUUUGGAGAAAGCAAAAGAUUUUCAUAUUCCAUGUUACCUAGUUGAAGAUGGAGGACUUACCCAAAUACCACCAGGAUCAGUUACUGUCUUGAGCUUAUUCGGUUUAGAAGAUGAAAUAAACAAACUCACAAAAAAUCUCAGUUUGUUGUGAUAUCAUAGUAAUCGAAAUAUUUUAGACUGAAUUCACAUUGAAUCGGAUAAUCUGUUCAUUUAUUAUAUUUACCAAAUCUA